CAUUGUAUAAAUACUGGUGUACGUGUUCCUCUCCUGACGGCUCAACUUCCUGGUUCACAUUCUCUGCUUCCACAUCUUCUCAUCUCUCAGGUGAAUCGCGCCAUGUCAAUGAAGGUUUUGGUGACUGGGGGGUCUGGCCUGGUGGGCAGGGCCAUACAGCAUGUGGUCAAAGAGGAGCGAGGAGACAAGGAGGGGGAAGAAUGGAUAUUCCUCUCGUCCAAAGACGCCGACCUCAUGAACAUUGAAGAGACACGGGCGUUGUUUGAAAAGCAUCGGCCAACCCAUGUCAUCCACCUGGCUGCUCUGGUUGGAGGUCUUUACAGGAACAUGAACUCCAACCUGGACUUUUGGAGGAUCAACAUCCACAUCAAUGACAACGUGCUGCUUGUAGCCCAUGAACUGGGUGUUGUGAAGGUGGUGUCCUGCCUAUCCACCUGCAUCUUUCCAGAUAAGACCACCUAUCCUAUCGAUGAGACCAUGAUCCAUAAUGGUCCACCUCAUGAGUCCAACUUUGGUUACUCCUAUGCAAAGAGAAUGCUUGAUAUUCACAACAGGGCGUAUUUCAAGGAGCACGGACGCGCCUACACCGCCGUGAUCCCCACAAAUGUGUUUGGUCCUCACGACAACUUCAACAUGGAAGACGGUCACGUGCUGCCAGGUCUCAUCCACAAAGCGUACCUUGCUAAAAAGGAGGGUCAACCCUUCGUGGUCUGGGGCUCUGGCAAACCCAGAAGACAGUUCAUCUACUCUUUGGACUUGGCUCGUCUCUUCCUGUGGGUCCUGUGCGAUUACCCAGAGUUCGACCCAAUCAUCCUCUCUGUUGGAGAGGAAGACGAAGUGUCCAUCAAGGAAGCAGCAGAUGAAGUCAUCCAGGCGAUGGGCUUUGAAGGAGAAGUUCAAUACGACACCAGUAGAUCCGACGGCCAGUUCAAAAAGACUGCCAGCAAUGCAAAGCUGAAGCGCUACCAGCCAGACUUCAAAUUCACGCCCUUCAAACAAGCCAUAAAGGAAACCUGCGAUUGGUUCGUUGCCAAUUACGACACCGCCCGCAAGUGAGAAAUGUCUUCUGUCCUCCACUGACGGGGAAGAGAAGAGGAAGAGGCGUUAAUCUGCUGUUUUUUUUAUUGUAGGCUUUGUACUGCAAACACCUUUAACACGGAUCCGUCACACUCUUCUAUAUAUAGAUGAGGUCUUUGGAUUGAGUAACUAGUCUUGAGUACAUGUCUGAACCACAGUACUGGGUAACUUUACACAUUCUACUACCAGUGUGUAGCUAUUUACUUAUGAGGUGUGUCAUUUUAUUGGAAAGUGGUUUGGAAAUUUUUUAAUUUCUUUAUUUAAAUAUAUGUAUAGGUUGCAGUGAUUUUUAAUGUUUGGACUGAGGAAAAUAAAUUUGUUAUCAAUGA